GGAAACUUUACUCGCUGCUCAUCUGCUACCUCUCUUACUGUAUAUCGACAACAACUCGCACUAAGUGCAACAUGAGCGCUGUUACCGCCGCCGAGCGCUCUCCAGUGACGAAGCGAAAGAGGGGCGACCUGGGCGGUGAGGCGCACGACGAGCCCCUUGUCCGUUCCAAGAUCUGGUUCGACGACGGGAACAUUGCUCUACAGGCGGAGAAUACGCAGUUCAAAUUCUACAAGGGCCUUCUGGCGACCUAUUCUCCCUUCUUCAGGGACGCAUUCGCAAUCCCGCAACCGCAGGUCGACUCGGACACGGAUACGGUGGAUGGAUGUCAAAUCAUGAGGCUGCCCGAUACAGCGGCAGACGUCGAAUAUAUGCUGAGUUUCCUUCUCGAGCCUAAAUCAUCCACGCUGACGCCCUGCAUCGCCGAUGUGGCAUCAGCACUGAGGAUGAGCCACAAGUACAUCAUACCUGGGCUCUGGGAGGACGCGGUGGCCAGGCUUCGCUACGAAUUCCCUGAUACACUCGAACAAUACAUCGAAAAACGCGAGGUUAUACAUGCCUACACGCGGAUCCAUAUCAAAGCAUGGCAGCGGCUCCGACACCUCGUCGAUAUCCUGCAAACGGUCGGCCUGCACAGGAUCAUGGCCGUCAUGUAUUUUCGUAUCGCAGAUACCAUGAAUGUGGACUUGCUCGCCUCAGAUGCACCCAACGCACCACGGCUGGGACCCGUCAGCAUACAAAGUCGAUGCACUAUGCUGGGUGGACGCGCGAAAGUACUUGCUGCAUCCAUGAAAUGCAUGCGGAUUGCCCUUGCAGACCCGUCUCCUGAGCCCGCGAAUUGCCCGGACCCGCAGGCAUGUGGACGCCGUCGGCGGCUCCUACAAGGAAAGCUUUUCGCUCGCUUUGAAAGUGAUACGAACAUAGCUUUGCUGAUGGACUGGCCGAAAUUCUUGCCACGUCCGCAGGGACCGUCCAUAUGCGACGCAUGCCUGCUGCUCGUGCGCCAGAGAAGGGAGGCCGAAUUACAGGCGACUUGGCAGAACUUGCCUUCGUUCUUCGGCCUUCCAGCCUGGGAAGAGCUGAAAGACUUCGAACUACGGGCAUGUGACAACACAUAG